ACGCAAACCCUAGUUAAUAUAUAGAGGAAAGAAGAAGAAAGGGCACUACUUCUACUAGGACUAGGUAUAGGGUCGUCACAUGCACUCAUUUAAACACAUGUCGCUGACCUUUCUCCCCCGCCGCGCGGCGCCCUCUCCGUUAUUUAUUCUACCCCUUCCCCCCCAUCUCUUCAUACCCCGGCCCCUUGCCUCACCUCCUCCCACGGCCACUCCCUCACUCACUCUAAGCCACUACUACAUACAAUCCUUCUCUCUUCAUCCUCUUCAUAGUCAACUCAUAUAUCCCCCCGGAUCGACGUCAACGGGUUUGGUCGGCGGCGGGGCUGAAGAAGGGGCCGGACCGGAUCAUCAUCAUGGGGCGAUCGCCGUGCUGCGAUAAAGUGGGGCUGAAGAAGGGGCCGUGGACCCCGGAGGAAGACCAGAAGCUUCUGGCCUACGUUGAGCAACACGGCCACGGCAGCUGGCGUGCCCUCCCCGCCAAAGCCGGUCUGCAGAGGUGCGGGAAGAGCUGCAGGCUGAGGUGGACGAAUUACCUGAGACCGGACAUAAAGAGGGGGAAAUUCAGUCUCCAAGAAGAGCAAACCAUUAUUCAACUCCACGCCCUCCUCGGAAACCGGUGGUCGGCGAUUGCCACUCACUUGCCGAAGCGGACAGAUAACGAGAUCAAAAAUUACUGGAAUACCCACCUCAAGAAACGUCUCGCCAAAAUGGGAAUCGACCCCGUGACCCACAAGCCCAAGAACGACGCCCUCUCCUCCUCCUCCGCCGCCUACGACGGCGCCAACUCCAAGAGCGCUGCCAAGCUCAGCCACAUGGCUCAGUGGGAGAGCGCCCGCCUCGAAGCCGAAGCCCGCCUCGCCCGCCAGUCCCGCCUCCGCUCCCCUUCCACCGGCGGCACUCCUCUCCUCGUCCCCUCACAACCCGCCUCCCUCCCCUGUCUCGCAUGGGGAGGUGGGACCCUAGUCGGACUCGGGGACUCGAUUGAGUCCCCGACUUCGACGCUCAGCUAUUCCGGCAAUGUGUUGCCGCAGCACGUUGCCGGAAUCCCGGAGGCGGUGCAGUCGCCGCCAGAGUACAAGCCGGGCACGGAGUUCGCGCCGGGGUGGCCAGAAGACCACGCCUCCGGCGGGAACUUCGUGGAGCGGUUCACGGAUCUUCUGCUGAGUGCGAGCUCGGCGGAUGAACGGAGCUUGUCGGAGGCCGGAAGCACGGAGACGGUAAACGUCGGCGACGGGGCCGGGCAGUGUUAUGAAGAUAACAAGAAUUACUGGGAUAGCAUACUUAAUUUGGUGAAUUCUUCACCUUUGGAUUCGCCUAUGUUUUAGAAGUUAGAAAAUAUCAUAAUGAUGUACGUAGUGUCAUUGUUUGAACAAAAAAAAUUACUCCGUAAUUAAUUCCAAUCACGUCUUGUUAAAAGUCUACUUUAAAUAACAAAUCUUGAUUCAUUUU